AUGGAGACAAAUCCACCAACCUCCGAGUUAAUGUCGCCGGUCCAUAGUUUCCCCAACAGGUUCUUUAGCAGCGACUUCCAUAAUGAUGAGGAAUUAAAUGCUCAAGCUUCUGUAUACACUUAUAUGCCUGUUGAUGGUUCUCGAUCAUCUGAAGUCCCUGUUAGAUCACCGGAUGUUCUGAUCUCCAACAAGUUCAUGAACAGCGCUUUUCAUGAUGACGAGGUUAUGGAUAAUGAACAAGCAUCCCAAGAUUCUGGCUUGCAGUUCAUGCCAGGUGCUGGUUCUGGAUCAUCUCAUGGCCCUUCUGUGUUUGCUGAAUCAUCACGCGACCCUUUAGACGGGCCAUCCAAUCCAUACUUCGUUUUUGAUACCCCUCAGGGAACCCGUUACUGGAUUCCUAACGUCGCUGAUAAGUUCAUACCAGUGUGUGGGAAAUCUUAUCCAACUUUUGAGGAUGUUCUUUCCAUGUAUGAACUUUAUGCGUUUGAAGCAGGUUUUUCUGUUAAAAAAGGGCAAACUAAAGUCUGGAAUGGAAUUCCCACACACAAGUAUCUUCGAUGCUCAAAAUAUGGAAAACCACAACCCAAGAGGACUUUUGACACCCUAGAUGAAUCUUCUCUAAAGCCUUGGAGGACCAACUUCACAUGGUGUGACUGUAAGGCAAGCAUUCUAGUCUCAAUCUCGAAUGAUUCAUACACAGUUCUAAGUUUCAAUGAUAUUCAUAAUCAUGAACUUGUUGAGAGUUACAACCGUGAUCUUAGCAAGAUAUCACGGAAGCUGUCAUUCUCCACCAAACAAUUCAUUCACAAUAUGAGUCUAAACCGUAUCGGACCCAUGAGAGCUUAUAGAUGUCUUGUAGCUUUAAAAGGAGGGCAUCACAAUGUCAAUGGGACUCCGGUGGAUUUUAAAAACUUUAGCCACCAGUUGCGAAUUUUAUUGUUGUCUUCUGUAUUCUGGGCUGAUGAGAUUUCAAAGCUAAACUACAAAGCUUUUGGCGAUGUCCUCGCCUUUGACGCGACUUACAGCACUAACAGGUACAAGAUGGUUUUUGUGCCAUUCACGGGUGUGGAUCAUCAUUUCCAAUGUGUUGCAUUUGGAGCGGGUUUGAUAUCAACCGAGUCCAUUGAAUCUUAUGUGUGGUUGCUUAAGGCUUUCUUGAAGUCACACGGUACUCAACCAACUCUCGUGCUGAGUGAUCAAGACCCAUCCAUGCUUCAAGCUGUUCCUAUGGUCUUUACCGAAUCACACCACCGUCUAUGCAUGUGGCAUAUAAUGAAAAAACUACCCUCCAAGAUCUCUGCGGAUGUUCUUGAUAACACUGAUCUUCGGUCCUGCAUUCACCGGUUGGUUUGGAAUGUUUAUAUCAAACCUGAAACGUUUGAGUCCCGCUGGAAUGACCUCCUACAAACAUUUGGACUUCAAUCCCACACUUGGUUGAACGACAUGUACAACAUCAAACAUCUUUGGGUACCAGCCUGCUUCAGGGAACUGCCCAUGUGUUGCUUAAUGAAGACCACUUCACGCUGCGAAAGCUCUAACGCUGCCUUCAAGGUCAACUCAACAAGCGCAAACACCCUUGUACAAUUUAUGAUGUGCUUUGAAAAUAGGGUAGACAGCCAACGAUAUCGGCAACGUGUAUCGGAGUACAAAACCUCAUCCACGGUGUUCACUACUGAUUUAGCGAUAGAACAGCACGCGUUCGCCAUUUACACAAACGCUGUUUUCGCGCAAGUUCAAAAGGAGAUAAUUAAAGGGAAGUUUUUAUGCUACAUCACAAACCAAACCGAGUCCAGCGAUUCCAGUCUUUUGAUAGAUGUCACUCAUUUGGAUAAAAGGAACAACAUCACAAACGUGUAUCAGGUUACGUAUAACACUGUAGACCACUCCGCCAGUUGCUCAUGCAGGAAUUUCACACGUAUCGGAUAUCUGUGUCGCCAUGUCUUCUGCGUCUAUCGAUUGAAAAAUGUUGCAAAGAUACCACCCCAAUACAUAAACGAUAGGUGGCGCCGAGAUGCCCUCCCCAAACAGGUUUUUUCACUUUCCAGCCGAUACGGAGUCAACCCACACGCACCGUCCGUUAUGCGGAAUGAAAUCCUCGACCUCGUUACUGAAUGCGUUGAUGUGGCCAGAACCGAUGAGGAUUCGUUGUCAAAAUUGGUUGACCAACUCCGGGAUUUCAAGAUCAAUGUGCUUUCCAAGCAACCAUUGGGUACAAUUCAAAAUGAAACAAACGAGUGUGAAAUGGAAGAAAUAGUUGGGCAACCAAUCAACAUUCCAGUCGAAGUUGCUAAUCCAGAAGUUGUACGCAAUAAAGGAUGUGGUACUCAUACUCGCAUUUCCGGGCCCGGUGAGAAGGCAAAGGCAAAACCACCAAAACGUCCAAAGCAGCUUCGUUUAUGCAAACGUUGUGGUCUGUAUGUCGACGACCACGACUCACGCAACUGCGUUAAGGUGGCCGCAAUGAAAGCAGCAAAGGCAGCUGCUGAACAACAAAGGCAGACCGCCCCUGGUGCCUCACCCUCUGAUUAA